UUUUCUUUUUCUUCGCUGAUUUUAUUCAUCCACCACACAGGAUGGCGCUGUCGUUCCGCUAUCAUCCAUAGAAGAAGAAGCAGUCUCAAGGCGCGAGAAAACAAAAUAUCAAACUGAAAAUACUGUUGGGUUGCUUGUACUCGUAUUCAAGGGUUUUUCUUCUACAACACACCCUCAGUACUUGUCAUUUUACAGAAACUAUGGCGGAGAACACUUUCCCAGUGUAUAAAGUGGACGCCAUUGUAACAUUUUUUCGCACCGAGGUCCUAACGGGGCAGGAGGCAAAACAAUUUACUAAGAAUGACAUUUCACCCAGCCCAAAGCCAGAGGCAGUCCAGAGACUGUACAUGAGAAUACUGCAGCUCCUGUUCCGCUUCAGGCCCGAAUGUCAUUUCGUGGUCCCCUUCUCAGAGAACAUCCAGUUUCCAGAACUCCAAGAGCGCUCCACAGCUGUCAUUAGUGUUUACGUCCGUAUGCGUCAGUUCCUGCCUGUAUGUCAUGUGUAUGACUUCUCCCUGAAUGACCUGCUGUCUCCCAAGCUGAAGAGGACCAUGACCAUCCUAAGUGGCAUCAUUAACUUCCUUCAGUUCAGGAAACAGAGGCUCGAUGUGAUCGUUGGACACCAGGAGAGAUUUAGAGAAGACAUGGACAAGCUGCAGGCGUACUCACGAGGAGCUAAAGACGCCCAGAAGAAAAUUGACAAACUGACUACAAUUCCUCCUGAGCAGCAGGCUGAAGCCAGGCAGCUGGAUGCUGCUCUGUCAGACCUGCAGGCCAGCACCAUGCAGCAGUAUCAGAAAGCGAAUGCUAUCAAUGAGAAUAUUGCAGAGAAAAAAACUGAAAUUGCAGAGAAGUCUCAGAAACUGACCAAGCUUAAAGUAGAUGUGGCCAGUCUGAAGGAGGACAUUGGUAAGCUGAAGUCUCAGAUCGUUGAGUCACCAGAGGAAAUGAAAAUUGAGAUGGAAAAGAUGAAGGACAACGUGAGGAACAUUAAGGUAGCGAUCAAGCAGGCAGACGAACGUCUGGUGAAGCUGCAGAGUAACGUCCAUGGAGUUACUCACAGCGAGGCAGAGAUCCAGUUGAUGUUUCAAUUACUACAAGACCUUCAGACCAGUAUGGACAAGACCAAGCUGCAUCAGGAAGAGGUUCAGGAGCUGGUCUGUCAGUUCGAGAAGCAGCAGAAGGAGUUAAAGAACCUGGGUGUGGAGGAGGUUCAGCUGAGAAGAGCUCUGGCCUUGAAGAUGGACAAGGAGUCCAAACAACAAAUACGACGACAGAAGAAGAAGGAGAUGAAGGAGCAACACAUUCAGGAGGUUCUGAGCCAGUGUGAUAAUGUACACCAGAAGAGGGAGCAGGUAGCCGAUCAGAUCCAGGAAAUUGACAGGGAGACUCAACACCUCCGCAGUCAGAUCAACAACAUGAGAGACGCCUGCAGCCAAGAGACUGAGAAGGCUCAGGAUCUGUUUGAUCGUCUACUGGCGGCUCUGGAUGAGUUCCAUGAACGGAUCUAGAUGAACCAGGCCGCCGAGGGCCGCAACGACAUUGUCAAGAUCACUGCUGACUUAACUCUGUUGUGCUAUUUGUUUUGACUUUUGUUCUUUUGUGUUUUAUCUUAAAACAAAAUAUAUUCUGGAUGUUGUACCUUGAUGUAUUCAAUAAAGAUCCUGUAUUUAAACUAUAAUUGAA